UUCCGAGUUCAGCAUAAGAAGGACAUCCAAAUAUCCUUAAAUCAGAGUAACUAGCAGGAGUACCAUACCUCUUGUGGAGUCUUUUUAUCAAUCGCGACUGAGGAAGAGUGGUUAAUAAGAAGACAAGCUAUGGAAGCAGCUUCGGUACAAAAAGACUUGGGUAAACCAGCAUUAGAGAGCAUACAAUGCACCUUCCCCAUUAUAGUCCUAAUCAUUCAUUCGGCUACACCAUUCUGCUGCGGAGUAUGACGAACUGUUAAAUGCCUCAUAAUUCCUUCUGACUUGCAUAGAACAUUAAAUUCAUUAGAAUAGAACUCUAAACCAUUAUCAGUCCGAAGGCAUUUCACCUGCUUUCCUAUUUGUUUUUCAAUCAUAGUCUUCCACUCCUUAAAAGUAGGCAACACAUCAUUCUUUUGCUUCAGGAAGAACGCCCUAACUUUUCUGGAAUAGUCAUUAAUAAUAACCAUCAUGUAAUAAGCACAUCCUCUAGAAGGUACUCUAGAAGAACCCCAGAGAUCAAAAUGAAUUUAAUCAAGUGUGCCUUUAGUUGAGUGGAUGCAUUUAGUGAAUCUGACUCUCUUCUGCUCCCCAAAAACGCAAUGCUCACAGAACUCCAAUUUGGUAAUACUCUGGCCAUCAAGAAGUCCUCUUCUGUUUAGUUCAGUCAUCCCGUUUUCAGUCAUAUGCCCUAGACGCAUAUGCCAAAGUUUAGCAACGUCACUUUCUGAUAGAAAGAAGGUAGAAACAGCAACAUCACCUGUAACCGUAGAGCCUUGCAAGACGUACAAAUUAGCAGUCUUUCUUUGUCCCUUCAUCACAACAAAGACACAUUUGGAAACCUUCAGGACUCAACCUUCACCAGUGGACUUAUAUCCGUUCGAAUCAAGGGUACUCAAGGAAAUAAGAUUUCUCUUCAGGUCUGGGACAUACACAUAUCACCAAGUGUCCUCACAACCCCAUCAAACAUCUUGAUCCUAAUUGUUCCAAUACUAGCUAUCUUACCAGGUGUGUUAUUUCUCAUCAACACAGCACCUUUAGAGACUGUUUCAUAUGUUGUAAACCAAUUCCGAUUGCGACACAUAUGAAACGUGCAAGCUGAAUCAAGAAUCCAAUCCUUACAGGGUUUGGAGUUACCAUCAGAAACUACCAAGAGUUCUCCAUUUGUCCAUCACUACCACCAUCUUCAACAAAAUUGGCUUCACCGGACUUCUCUGGUUGGUUUUCCUUCGGUUUUGGAGCUUCUCUUUUUUCUCUAUUCCGUAACUUAUAACACUCGGAUUUGAUAUGGCCUUUCUUCUUGCAGUAAUUACAAGUUUUUUUUCUGUUUUUGGAUUUCGUCUUAUUCCUGUCAUCACCCCCAGAGUUCCUCUUAUGAGUCCUUCCUCGAACAAUGAGACCAUCUCCUUGAGUCUCCGACCCAUUCACAAGAUGCUUCAUCUUCUCCUUAGAGAACAACGCAUCAUAGACUUCAUCUAUGGUCAGGGUAUCACGAAUCGUAACCCUAAAGGUCGUGUAUGAUGCAGGCAGCGAACACAACAAAAUUAACCCCAGAUCUUCCUCAUUGUACUUAACCUCCAGAGUCUCUAAAUCGGAGACGAUUUCCUUAAAAACAGAUAGGUGAUCCUCCAAGGACGCAACCUUAGGCAUGCAAUGGGAAUAAAGUCGUUGUUUGAGAUGCAACUUACUUGUUAGGCUCUUCGUUGUACAUAAUGUUUCUAGUUUCAACCACAACGCAGCGGUAGUGGUCUUCUUCAAAAUAUCCUGUAGAAUCUAAUUGGAUAAAUGAAGGUGGAUCUGAGAUAGAGCCUUCCGAUUCUUACGUCGUUUGUCCUCGUCCGUCCACGAUGAGGGCAUCUUAUCAAACCCUAAUAGAGCAUCGUCCAAAUCCAUCUGCGCGAGCACAGCCCGCAUCUUAACCUGCCAUAACGAAAAUCUGGUGUUGCGAUCCAACAACGGAAUAUCAUACUUCAUGGUUGCCAUCCCCGAGAAAACAAUCGAUCUAUCUCUGAUACCAGUUUAUUAUGAUCGGGCAGAAAAUAAGCAAACCACAAGCAAAAGAAAAAACAAGAACACACAGAUUUACAUGGAAAGCCUUGCGGGAAAAACCACGGACAGAGGCAGAGAACUUCACUAUAAUGGAGAGAGAAUACAAUGUUGGAGAUGAUAGUCUCAAUUUCGUGUGUAUAUGAAUAAUCUGAAACAACCCACUAAAUCACACUUAUAUAAUACGUGCGUACAAAUAGGUCUUAGGCCCAAAAACAUAAAGCCGCAACCCCAUCGGGAUCAGUGGUGGGCUCCGGGAUCAGGCCUAUCAGCCCGAUCCCUAUGCUACCACCACAGACCCCAUUGAAAAUCACAAAUAUGGGUCGCACCGCGAAGCUUUCUGGGAAGGAUGAACAAAAUUCGGGUCACAACUCUAACAAUGGUCUAUCAAAAACUACUCUCUGCCUCGCAAGGUAGGGUAAGGUCUGUGUAGACACUACCCUGUUGAAUUGGAUAUAUGUGGAAUGUAUUGCACUACUCGGCCUAUUUGGGAAGUGGUAAUACGAUUCUCAAAAAACUAGAGAGGGGCAAAACAGAAAUGUUUGGUAAUCAAUAUUGUCGGAGAAUGUUUUCAGAUCAUUAAAUGAGUCACAUAAAAGUGCAGUUGGUGUAGGAAAAUGGAACUACUUUUAAUGUUUAACUUAUACUUGUGUGCUAGUAGUAAUAGGAAAUAUUGCUUCACAACAUGAUGAUUGUUAUGUCUUCGAAAAGGGUCAAAACUGUAGUGCUUUAAAAAGAUACAUGUUGUUGGAAUGUCUACUUUCCUCUCUGUCACAGUACCAUGGUCCUCUUCCUCUUGCUCUCUUGGUCUGGCAUGGAGUGACCAACAGGCAUCAGCUGCAUAACCUCUUGCUUUACUCUUGCAUAAUAUUGCUUCAUCCACAAUUUGCCUUUCCCAUUGUUUAGAUAUCAUCAACUUUUCUUGGGUUCAUACUUAUGACUCAUUGCUCUCCCAUUUCACUUUUUCAUAGUUAACAACAGACACGGUAUAAAUAUUUCUGGUCACUCAAGCAUUAUCUUCCACCAUUUCCCUUAGCUUGCCGGUGAUAGAGGAAUUCAAUUUUCCGUUGUUGAUAGAACAGCAAUAACAGUCUGAAGUAUCUGAAAUGUACAGCAAUUUGAACAAAACCAACCAGAGGAAACUAAUUUUUUGACUUCAAAUUUUAAUUUAUUAAUCUCUCUUGUCACACUCUUCAGAAUUUUUUGGGUGUUCGAAUAGGCUUUUGACACUAAAUCAUUUAAUCCUUUGGUUUUUUUUUGUGCAAGUUAGAUUUGAUAACCUGAGUUUAAGAAGCUGGUUUCACAUGGCGAUUAUUUUCUUUAACCCAAAUGCUGGACUGAACCAGACAAAUAUUUUCUUUAACUCAAGUAGUCAGCAUUUCGGACUGCUAGUGGCAGGUCCGAUGUCAUAAUGGUCCUUGUAAUGUGUCUGCUGUCUAGAGAUUAAGGAGUUUAUAUGGCAAUAUGACCAAAUUUUAGGGAAUAUUGACUUUUCCUGAACUUGGAGGAUUUGUUUAAUUACAUCAAUGAUGCAAUUCAUUGUCCUGUUCUUUCACUAACAGACACUCUUUUUUCGCAAACAGGCUAUUUAGGUUCCAAGUUUUUGUUUGCAUUGUCAGGCUUAUAACUUGUGGCCUUGAAGCAUGAUCUUGGAUUGACACAUUUUCCCUCCUUUUAAGAUGCUUCAGUCUCUCUAUAAAUGCCAAAGAAACUUAUGUGCAAAGAUCAGGAAAACCAGCCUUUUCGUGCAGUUUGUGUCAACCAGCUGUGGCAGCCACAUCCCAACUGAUGCGAGCAAGUCACUCAUUAAUUUGCGUCACAAGAAGUCACAUAGUUUAUCAAAAAUAGAUCUCACUACUAAAGCACAACUAGUCCAAUUAGAUACUGCUAAAUGUUCAAAAGUUUCAGCUUUGAUUGAGUUCUUGCGAAACCAUGGGUUUUCUGAAGCCCAGACAAAGAAACUAAUUAGAAUACGCCCUCAAUUACUAGGAUCGAAGCUGGGGAAAACCCUAAAUCCCAAGUUGAAGUUCUUGCAAUCAAUUGGCUUUUCUGAAGAUGAACGCAAUAAUAUUGUCUGUUGUAACCCCAGCAUACUCUUCAGUAGCAUAGAAAAACAACUGACUCCAUCCUUUGAUUCCCUGAAGAUUUUCAUGGGUAGUAAACUGCAAGCAAUGACUGUCAUCAAACGAAGUCCACGUAUCUUUAAUAAUAUCCCUCGUAGUUUGAAGCGGACUGUACAUGUAUUGCACCAACUUGGUAUUCCUGAUUCUCAACUUCCAGAGUUUAUUUCAAAAGCUCCUAUUGUCUUGUCUAUAAAUCCCAAAAAGAUGAGUACGGUUGGCUUGAGACUGAAGGAAAUGGGGUUUGAUGUUACUUCUCCAGCAUUUAGGGCAGCUUUUGCUGCAAUGUCUCUACUCAGUCAUUCCAAAAUGGAAAGUAAACUGGAAACCUACAGAAGUAUGGGCUUUUCAGAUGACGAGAUCCUCAAUAUUUUCAGAUCGCAGCCAACUUGCAUGUUUUAUUCUGAGGAUAGUAUCAGGCGGAUUGUGGCAUUCUAUGUUGAUAGACUCCAUUGGAGCCUGUCAUACUUGUCGCAAAAACCGGUCUUUCUAUUGCGCAGUCUGGAGAGAAGGGUUAUUCCAAGGUGUUCUGUCAUGCAAGUUUUGUGGUCAAGAGGCAUUAUCUCAGAAGUUGGCAAGCUAUCCUCAAUACUAAUGGUUAGUGAAAAGGAGUUCUUACAGAAGUAUGUAACUAAAUAUGAAGCAGAAGUUCCUGACCUUCAAGCUGCCUACCAUGGCAAACUUAUGUUCAAUGAGUACAGCUUUCAUUUGCACGAAAUUCGUCAGAUUCCAAUGUCGAAGGGAUCAUCUCCUAAAGCUGAAGCAGCUUAGUAUUUGCACCAUGUGUUGUCUCAUAUGCCUUCACUAUUUUGUUUUUGCACCAUUUGCUGUCACAUACUUGGCUUCAAAAUUGUUGCCCAUCUUUUGAGUUUGAUCUAUACUACAUAUAACAUAACCCCA